CCCUAGGUCGAGAGCGGCAUGGUGGCGGACCAAUCAGGAGGCGCCAACUGUGUUUACGUGUGAGUCGUGGCGGCCGUGAGCACACACCACCUCGUCCCCGCCACACUAACCCCUGCUGCUCUUCACAUCGCCAGGCUGCCUCACACUACGCCCCAGCCUCACACACGUCAUCCCACAAGCAGGAGUCCUCAAAAGCAUCCUCGUGUGUCUUGUUACGUAAUUGGCCGCCACCCGCCACGAGACAGUCAAGAUGAAUUUAAUGAACGUAGCAGCAGUGUUGGUCCUUGCCACCAUAUACACCACAACAGCCCUCAAGUUGGAAGAUUGUGAGGUGUGCAUCACAUUCAUGACCAAGUUUUCGGAACAGCUCACAUCAGAUGAAAAGAGGGACACUCAAACCAUUGAAAGAAAAUUUAAGGAAACUUGUGCAGAAGCAAAAGGCAAAGAGAACCGCUUCUGUUAUUACAUAGGUGGUCUGGUGGAGUCUGCCACAGGCAUUCUUGGGGAGAUGUCUAAGCCUCUUUCGUGGGGCAUGCCCAUGGACAAAGUGUGUGAAAAGCUGAAGAAGAAGGAUGCACAAAUCUGUGAUCUCAGAUAUGAAAAGCAGAUUGACCUCAACAAUGUGGACUUGAAGAAGUUAAAGGUGCGUGACCUCAAGAAGAUUCUGAAUGACUGGGAUGAAUCAUGUAAUGACUGUCUAGAGAAGGGUGACUACAUCAAGAGAAUCGAGAUGCUAAAACCUAAAUAUAUGAGAGGGGAACUGUAAAAAGAUAGGACUCUAGGAUAUUGACUGUGGGUGGUUAUUUAUUUUGGGUGCAUCAUUAUGUUUACCAGUACUGACCCCUGAACUGUAUUAGAAUUUCCUGCAUCAUUGGUUCACAUGUAGCAAUGCCAGACAUUGCUAAAUGGUUCUAUAUUAUAUACUGAUAUCCAUCCAUUUAAAGGCAUUGAAUCUUGUUCUUAUUCCUGCGUGGUGUUAUUUGUCAUUUUGGGUAUGUUCAUUUACCUUAUUUGGACAAAGUUUUAGGCUUUAUUUUCUAACUACCUAAUCGUUCAUUUGAUGUUUGUGUGAGAUUUAUACUUGUGUAUUUAUUGUCAUGCAUUUGUUACAUUACAUACUUAAAUAUUGCAAAGCAAUCCCCUCCUGUUAUUUUUGACAUUUACACGCUCAAAGUGGAGAAAACAAGAUUUGAAUUUUAUAAGUGUUAAUAAACUGUUUUGUAUGAA